UCUGAAAUAAUAUUGUGAGGGAGAUGCUUAUGAAUUCACAGAUUGUUUCUCCCCUCCCCAUUCAUUCCGUGACCCUCUUUUUUGCUGAUAUGUGGAUAUUGCUGGGAAAGAUAUGUACUUGGAUUGUUUUUUUAUUGAUUGGAACGUAUCUAUUACCUCUUAUUUGGUUAACUUGUUUCUGUAAGCCACAAGACUUGAAGCGAAAAUAUGGUGCCACUUGGGCCUUGGUAACCGGUGCUAGCCAAGGUAUUGGUAGAGCAAUCGCUUCAAAGCUUUCGUCUCAAGGACUCAACGUGGUUUUGGUUGCUAUCGACGAUGACCAGUUGGAGACUGCAAAGAGACAACUGAAAGCAGAGUUUCCUCGUCAGGAGUUUCGUUCUGUUGGAGUGGAUCUUUCGGUAGAACCUCACGUUUAUAUGAACAAAAUUAUGCAAGCCACUGAAGAUAUUGUUGUACAAGUGGUUUUUAAUAAUGCCGGAUAUUUAUCUAUGGGGUUUUUCAGACAUCAAGAUGUUGAAAAGUUGAUAGGCAAUUUGGAAUGCAAUGCGUUGUCUGCUAUUCGUAUCACACAUCAUUUUAUGAAACGAAUGAUUGAGCACGGUUGUCCCGGUUGUAUUUGUUUUACUGCCUCAGCAGUCAGUUUUCUACCUUCUCCUUUUGCCAGUAUGUAUGGAGCUAGUAAAGCCCUUCUUUCUCAUUUUGCCGCAUCACUUGCUGUUGAAGCAAGAGAUAAUCAUAUUGAUAUUGUAGCUCUUCAUCCUAGUUAUACCAGAACCCAUCUUUAUGCAAAUACUCCCAAGUUACUUAUUCUCAACUUUUUGGAUCGUUUUGCUGCCACACCAGAAGAAGUUGCAGAAGUAUUGAUUCAUUCCGCUGGAAGAGUUAUUUUGAGAGAUACCGGAGGAUAUGCUGUGAUCACGAAACUUAUAUCUCGAAUAGUAGACAUGGGAGUAAUAACUUAUUUUAUGAUGAUCGCUAGAAAAUGGCUUCCAGAAUAUCGAGCAUUUUCCAAAAAAGCAUAAAGUUUAUCUAUGGAUUGGUUUUCCAAGUUGUUAUUACACUUUUGUUACAUGUCAGUUGAGUCAUGGAAGAAAUGGCAGACACGUGCC